AUGAAAGUUGGACCUAGGUCAUCACCAAAAGCUUACCAUUCAAUAGCAGUCCUACUAUAUGUAGUUGUAUUUCCAUAUGUUGGACUGAAGCAAUCAGGUUUCAUGUUUCAAAUAGCUAUCACUGCAGCACGAAGAGCAGUGAUUUCAGCUUUGGGGCACACUCUUGGCCAUGCCAUUUCUGUUGGCUUCAGAUGUGAGAAUAAUGUUAAACCUGCAGUCACUUACCAGGAGCCCCAGGGAAUCCAUCCACUAGCAACAGUCAUUCAGCCUUUGCCACUAGAGAUGAAACAAUUCUUAAAGUGUUCCCAGGAUCAAAGUGCAGGAAGGAUUUAA